UAACGAUUGGCCAUUCAAGUGUCCCAUGAUUCAAUCUUACAUGGGGAAGAAGACUCCAUCGAGGUUCUCGAUUAUUUCUACUUCCUUUAUCUAACCCUUACGCGCCAUAGCUAUCCGUCACAUUUCACAACGAAUACUCACCAGUUAAGUGGUAACUAUGGAGAAGUCGGAAAACCGGCCUUAUGGCCAACACCAUUAUGUUGAGAUCCCAACUUCUCCCGAUGCGACCCCGAUACGUGCCCGACGCGGUCGCAAUUCCCAGCUCGCAGUUGCCCUGAGCUUAAUCUCAUUGCUCACGCUAAGCACCGUGUUCUUCGCCAUCCCAAACAUCAAUUUCCCUGCCUGUCACAAAAUGAGGGGAAAACUCGGUGCACUUUUAUCCUCCCCGAAGGGUGGUGAGACAUCUGUGCUGGCAUCAAGUAACAAGGUCCCGCUUGAGGCUCAUAUUAUGAGCAAAUGUCCAGACGCGCAGGACUGUCUCCAGAAAUUGGUCGUUCCUACUAUGGAGCGUAUCAGUGAGAAAGUCGAUUUUGAAUUGUCCUUCAUUGCAAGCGUCACUAAUCAAUCAUCUGAUGUACAUUGCAAACACGGCCCUGGCGAAUGCAUUGGCGACAUGCUUAUGCUUUGCGCUCAAGAUCUCCCUUUCUCACCUGAGGGUGAGACCGAGAAAACUACUCGCAUGCCUACCAUCCGUUCCCUCGGAUUUGCGAAUUGUCUUGUCGGCCAGUACGAGGCUAUCCCGGACCGCGCACUGGUUCAAAACUGCGCCUUACAACAUGGUAUUGAUUUUGAAUCUUUGAACAGCUGCGUUAGCAGGCAGGAGGAUGAUCCCAACAAUGGCGACUUAAGUGGUCUCGCUUUGUUGCGUCAAAGUGCUGUCCAUAGUGCAGACCUUGAAGUUCAUACGAGUUGUACUGUCCGGCUGGAUGACUCUGUUUGGUGCGUCCGCGAUGACGGAGAAUGGAAGAACUGCGCUAAGGAGGGGGAGGGCAGUCAAGUAUCUACACUCGUGGAGGAAAUCGAAAGACUCUGGCAAGAGAAGAACUAAGUGUUAUGGAAGGGUUAUGAUGGCUGCAUGGUUGUUAUGAUUUAUGAAAAUCGUCUCCAAGGGUUGCUGGUUACAGCUUCAGCUCGUAUCUCUGCAGGUGACAGUAUUAAGAUGAUAUCCGCGAUAUAUAUAAGCAUUAUUUAUUGCAGAUAUUGAUGCUCGCUAAUUCAUAAUGUCUAAAAGAAUCUGUUUCUUUUUUCUCUUCUUGUUUGAUCGAGAAGAUUCUGCAUUUCAGUUUUCUGCCAUGCAAAAUAAUACGCAAAUCACAAAGGACUAUCUUUCACAGAUGCACGCCAUAUACUCUCAUCUCCCCUCCACAUUGCAUCGUUUACAGAAAAGUAAUCGUGCACAUUUGUCACAGCAACCAUUCACCCUUACUAGCACUGAAAUUAUCCUGUUGCUAUACAGGGUCCCAACAACAGGAUAUUUUGUUGUGUUUCUAGUAUGCUUCAUGGAAGUCAUCCGUGUUUACCUGCUCUGCUUUCACUCAUACUCAAUGCAUACUGAUUUAUUAAUUCUACAUACCAAUAUUUUUCCUUGGUAGCUGCGCCCUUUUCAUAUCUGUUGUCCUCAACUCUCCUUGUCAAUCAACAGCCAUGGCAUCCUCUUGGCUUCCAUCCCC